AUGGGCAGGACCACGGGACACUUGUUAAUGCUGUGGGUGGCUGCGGGCAUGUGCUCUACCUCCCUCGGUGCUUCUGCCUGGUCAGUGAACAAUUUCCUGAUAACAGGUCCCAAGGCCUAUCUGACCUACACCACCAGUGUGGCCUUGGGCGCUCAGAUUGGCAUGGAAGAGUGUAAGUUCCAGUUUGCCUGGGAGCGGUGGAACUGUCCGGAGCAUGCCUUCCAGCUUUCAACCCACAACAGGCUGAGAGGUGCCACGAGAGAGGCAUCCUUCAUUCACGCCAUCCGCUCUGCUGCCGUCGUGUACACCGUCACCAAGAACUGCAGCAUGGGGGACCUGGAAAACUGCGGCUGUGAUGAGUCACAGAAUGGAAAACCAGGUGGCCAUGGCUGGAUCUGGGGAGGCUGCAGCGACAACGUGGAAUUCGGAGAAAAGAUCUCCAGACUCUUUGUGGACAGUUUGGAGAAAGGGAAAGAUGCCAGAGCCCUGAUGAAUCUCCACAACAACAGAGCAGGCAGGCUGGCAGUGAGGGCCUCCAUGAAAAGGACUUGCAAGUGUCAUGGCAUCUCAGGAAGCUGCAGCAUCCAGACGUGUUGGCUGCAGCUGGCUGACUUCCGGCAGAUGGGGAAUUACCUAAAGACCAAGUAUGACCGCGCGCUGAAAAUCGAGAUGGAUAAGCGACAGCUAAGGACUGGUAACAGAGCCGAAGGCCGCCGGGCUCCCGCAGAGGCCUUCCUUCCCAGCGCAGAGGCUGAGCUGAUCUUCUUAGAGGGUUCUCCUGACUACUGCGACCGCAAUGCCAGCCUGGGCAUCCAGGGCACAGAGGGGCGGGAGUGCCUGCAGAACGGUCGCAGUGCUUCGCGGCGGGAGCAGCGCAGCUGUGGGCGCCUCUGCACGGAGUGUGGGCUGCAGGUGGAGGAGAGGAGAACAGAGGCCGUGAGCAGCUGUGACUGCAACUUUCAGUGGUGUUGUACUGUCAAGUGUGGCCAGUGCAGGCGUGUGGUGAGCAGGUACUACUGCGCACGCCCUGCGGGUAGUGUCGGGCCCCGGGGCAGGGGCAAGGACAGUGCCUGGUAA